UGCUCAUAGCUAAAUGUAUGCCGUUCUAAUUAGUUUAUCGCCUGCUCAAAAUUUUCCCAGAUAACAAACAACAAGAAUGAAGAUGUAUUACAUUUUGAGGUUCAUGCUUUUGGGAAUCAUAUUUUGUCUCAAUAUUUCCCUCAAUUACUCAGUGGAGAGUUUCGCAUCUUUAACCUGUGCCACCCCAAAUCAACGGAUUGAUAUAAAUGCCCUAAUUCAAAAGUGGAACGAAGACAGUGUAGUUCUAAAUGACAAGGUGUCAACCUAUGCCACUUACAAAGGGACAAAAACCAAACAAACCUAUCGGCUUGAUAAUGAACGCCCAACUGCAGACAAAUUUGCGAAAUUCAGAAUUCAGUCUGGAGCAGAAACAUAUGGGGACGUUCUAAUAAAACCGGGCACUAAUUUCGGAAAAAGAAAGAUCCGUAAUGCUUUUGUAACGAGUGUUAGAGAUUGCAAAAUUGUUACACUGAAGUAAUAAAUUACUUUCGAUAUUAUGACCAUCUUAAGGACA